GUGAAGCAAAGGAAAUGCUCAGGGCAGUUUAGGGGUGGCUGCCAGGCAGUGCUGGCUCUGAGCAACAACGUCUGCAGUGCCACAGGAAACUCCCAGCUGAUGGGAACAAACUUUGUGGCUGACUGCAGAGGCCAUCACAAACCUGAGUGGUUUCCCUGCUGUCCCGCAGCCCUUGCUGGCCCCAGGGGCUGAUGGCAUUUGUGCUCCCUCAGGUUCAUCUCCCCACACCAACACCAUGGCGGUGCUGACGCCUGCUGUGUGCAGUGCAAACAGGGGCUCCUGAGGCAGUGCUGCCGUGGCUGUGCCUGCAAGGAUGCGGCCCCUGUGUGAGCUGGGGGAGAGGCCAGGGCUGCAGAGGGGGGAUGUUGUUGGCAGGUGCAUGAGGCCGCUGUGGGACGCUGUCCUGGGGUGUCCAGUGCAGUGGGGAUGGAUCAGCCCCUGCUCUGCUGCUCCUUCCCGUCUCCCCCAGGGACCUUGCAGAGCCCCAGCCAUGCUGUUUGCCCCCAGCCUGCCCACGGCCAGCCUGGGGCUGCUGACGGGGCUUUUCUGUGCUGAGCAUUGGCCUGGGCGUGUUCUGGAGAGAGCCUGGGCAAGGAGCCUGGGGUCCUGUCUUAGGUUGCAAUGUAAGAUGGAACUAAAAGUAGAUAUUCUAUUACCAUCUGUUGAAACCAGGGGCAGUGUUUGUUAUUUAUUCCAUGACCCCUCCCUCAUUACUCCAGAGUGUUAUCUUCUGUUAAUGGGCCAAUUGUUAAAACCAGGCAGGGCAGUUUUCUUUAUCUCUUCCAUGACCCAUCCUCCCUCCAGGGAGAUAUCUUCUGUUAAUGGGCCAUUGAGUCUCCCUGCAUGACUGAUAAAAUUUCAUCAUCCCAUUGUGAGAUGCUCCACCCACAGGGAGGAGCCAGGCAUUCCUACCUGGAUAUAAUCUGAGAUGGGAAACACCAGAAGCAGCCUGUUUCCACUGGAUUCCCAGAGGAAAACCAGACCCAUCUACGUGAUCAAAACCACAUCUGUGACUAGAGGAGGACUGCAGCCACGAUUUGACUGGACUGCUACAACACCGGGUGUCAGGUUGUAUUCUGACACUGCGUUUUUUUGGGGUGUUUUUGGUCCCACAUUUUUAGUUUAAUUUUUAAUUUUUUAGUUUAGGCAUCCAUGAAGAGGAAGAUGCCCCAGGACAGCCAGACAGGUAAGGAAGAAGUCACUGCCCCUUUCCCCCUCUCUCCUGCUCCAUCUCCCAGCCCAGCAUGGGCCCCAGCUGCAGGAAAACCCCGCUGCCGACGCCGUCCUGCCGGGGCUGCACUGGGGGGAUCUCCUUUCCCUUCCCUCUGCCACAGAGGCAAAUCCCAUCCUGUCGUUUUCCUUCGUUCCCCCGACAAGAAGCUGAGGAAAGAGACCAGAGAGGACAAAUCCCGACAGCAGAACCUCAUGGAAGAGGCCAUUUUGAGUGGAUCCACAGAAGAGGAAUCCAGCCGGGAGGAAAAGUACCAGAGAUUUCACAUUAAGAAGGGCUCCACACCCAUCCAAGGAUGUUCUGAUGAGGAAAUACCCACUCUAUUCCAGGGACGUGGUAAGAGAUCCAGCCAGAGCUCAGACCUCAUGGCCCAUGAGCAGCGUCAUGACAAAGAGAGGCGCUAUGAGUGCUUGAAGUGUGGGAAGAGCUUUAGCCAGAACUCCUCCCUGAUCCGCCACCAGAGGAUCCACACUGGGGAACGGCCCUACCAGUGUGGGGAAUGUGGGAAGGGCUGCAGAGACAGCUCUGCCCUGAUUGUCCACAUGAGGAUCCAUAAUGGGGAGAGGCCCUAUGAGUGUGCGGAGUGUGGGAAGAGCUUCAGCCACAGCUCCAGCUUGACUGUCCACAAGAGAACCCACACUGGGGAGAGGCCCUACCAGUGUGGGGAAUGUGGGAAGGGCUUCAACCAGAGGUCCAAAAUGAUCAUCCACCAAAUGACUCACACUGGGGAGAGGCCCUACAAGUGUUCCCAGUGUGAGAAGAGGUUUCAGACCAGCUCCACUCUCCUCGUGCACCAGCGCAUUCACACAGACGAGAGGCCCUUCCGCUGCCCUGACUGUGGGAAGGGUUUCAAGCACAACUCCACCCUCGUCACCCACCUGCGCAUCCACACUGGGGAGAGGCCCUACAAGUGUCCCCAGUGUGGGAAGAGCUUCUCAGACAGCUCUGCCUUGACCCAACACCAACACAGACACCGGUAAGGGAAGCCCUGCGAAUGCCCCAGCUAUGGAAAUGGCUUCAUGUGCGUCUCCAACCUCAUCCUCCAUCAGAGGACCCACAUUGGGAAGAGCCCUGGUGACCCACAUUUCCCUUAACCCAUGCUGGGAAGACACCUGUCCCUCUCCCUGCCCCUAGCAAUGAUGUGAGGUGGGAUUGAAGAACGUGAGGGUCUGGCCAUUGACUCAUUGUAUUUGAUCUCAUCUCAGGUCAUUGCCAGGGGCCAGGAAAGGGACUCUCUCUUCCCCAGGGAGAAGGGUGUCCAUUCCAGGCCGGAGGAAAUACAUGGCCAGGAAGAGCCAGUUGUUGUUGUUGUAGUUUUCUCUGUAUAUUGUUUUUCUUACCCCUUCUGUUAUCAAUAUUUUUUCUGUUCCUAUUUGUUCCUUAUCUUGUUGCUGUUCCCAGUAAAUUGUUCUUCUCCCAGCCUGGGAUCUUUGCCUUUUGUACUUUCAGGGGGAGGCUGGAGGGCAGCGAGCGGCAGCACGGUUUUAGCAGGAGCAGGAAAU